AUGAGCGUGUCCUUGUCAGCUCGCCGGUCUGCUUUGCAAACCCUAUCAAGGUCAAAGCCAUUGCGCACUGUCCUGCCAAGAAGGACCUUCGUCACUAUCAUCGAGCAGGGGAAGGAGGGCUGGCGGUUAAGCCUUGGUCGAAAUCCCGUUCGUCUUACGCCAGGACUAAAUCUCAAUAUCCCCGUAUACCAUUCGCUCCUCAAAAUUGACCUUCGAGAAUCUUCAAUAAACAUUCCCAACCUUCCUGGUUACACAGCAGACAACGUGCCAAUCAUUGUCUCCGGUUCUCUGUUCUACCGCAUCGUCGAUGGGUACAAAGCGUGUUUCGCUGUCAGCGACGUAGAGACGAACAUUAAGAAUACGGGGACGUCUGCUGUCCGCUCUGUCCUAGGAACGUUCACAUACGACCAGGUGAUCAGCGACAGGAAUGAACUAAAUAGUCGGUUGAACACAGUUAUUGGCAACUCCAUAACGGCAAGUUCUAACUGGGGUGUCGAAUGUACUCGAUUUGAAGUUCAGUCCUUCCAGCCAGCUAAUCGUGAAGUUGAGCGCCAACUCGAACUGCAAAUGGAAGCGGAAAGGAACCGGAGAAAGCAGAUGCUUGACACCCAGGCGCAGAUCAACAUUGCUGAAGGCCACAAGCAGCGUGUCAUUCUAGAGAGUGAAGGCCAUCUUUCUGCAAAGUCCAACGAGGCAGAUGCCGCAUUCAAAACUGUUGUUCGAGAAGCAGAGGCCCGUAAAGAGCAGGCACUAAUGGAAGCUUCCGCCUUGGCACAGCAGAUAUCGGCUGUUGCAGAUGCUAUCAGCGAACCAGGCGCAAACCCGGGGCCAGCAGAGCGCAAGCAGGCACUCAAUGCAUUGGUAGAGUUGAGGCGACUCGACCAAUUAGGUGCGAUUGCUCGUGGUACAGGAAACUCGACGUAUUUCUUUGGCGAUCGUGCUGCUCUUGCUGCCGGAGAGUCGUUCAAUAUCGACUAUGCUGAACAGGUCAAAGCAGGAUUGACAAACUCGAAAACGAAGAAAGGCGAAGUUGGAGCUUACGUGGCCUAA